UAUACGCCAAAUGCACGGCUUCUUAAGAAAAAGUAUUUUGUGGUCUGUACUUUCUUUCUAGGAUAGAUAGCGCCAUCUGCCGAUUAAGGCGUGUGUCACAUAAGUACCUUGGGAGACGACCUUCAGCAUUUUAAAUUCAAAAGACCGUAAUUAGAAGUGACUGGUAAACCAGUUAGUGAUUAGAAGUGUCAUGUUAAUCAGUCAGUGAUACUAUUGUAACAACUAAAAAAAAGGUGCAACCUGAGUGGUUGGAGGUGCACUCCAAAUGGGAGCCUUUUAAAUAAUUAUAAACCUCAGGGAUAGAGACACAGCAGAGACCAGUGCAUCUCAGUGUGCAUAAUGUUCAAUGUUAAAUCACGCUUUAGACAGAUCAUGCAGGACGCAGCUUGACCAGGUCCAAAUUCACUCAAUUUUCUUCACUCAAUCAAGAUUUUCCUAGACGUACGUUAACUUAACAUAACUUAACAUUGAAUACUUUAAUGUUGUAGUCUUGCUACAUCUGGUCUAGAAAAAUGUUCAAAAAUACUCGGAUAGAUACACUUACUGGUGGGUUCUCUUAUUUAUGGAUAAGAGCAUAUCCUGAAGUAAGGUAUUUAUGUAAUUUAAGCAAUGUAAGCUUAUGUAACGGCAGAUUUUCCAUUCACAAUGAAGGGUGGAAACACGUUAUCAGUGCCCCUUCUUGUCCAAUGAACUCCGCUCUGUGUUAACGCAAAAUAAAAAUCUUUGGUGGUGCUGUGCUUGGGAACCGUUGCUGCAUCUCCCUGGCAACAUCAAGCCAAGCAGUAGAUUAUACUAUUAGCUACAGAAUUAGAGGGGGGAAAGCAGUAUUACAUUCAUACAAAGCUUAUUUUAUAAGAAAAAGAUGCAAUGUAUUUAAAAUUAGGCAUUAGUAUAGUGUACAAUAAUAUGUGUCUUUGAUCUCUACAAUAAAUGUCAUAUUGUAUUUUCGAUAAGGAUUUAAAGAGUCACAUACGUACCCCUAUGUUGAGUAGUAGAACAAAUUCAACAGUAACGUCAUGGCGGAGACUGCGAUUGAAAUUUACAGCUAGCAAGCUGGUCUUUCUACAUGUACUGGUUCUCUAACUUUCACCAUGACCGAGUGGAGAACAUUGUUUGAUGGUAGCCGAGUGAUUCCUCCUCACAACCAGAGUGUGCGUCUGGCUGAAGAGCUACCUCCAGCGUGUUUUCAGAUUGCACUGAAACAUCUCCAAGGAGGUUCCAUUGGACAGCGCCUGCUCGAGGGGCUCCAGGGGGUGAGGUUUCAGCUGCGAGUCUCCCUAUUUGAUGUCAGCCACCGACACUUUUUCGGGAGGACGUGGAAGAGCCCGUUGCUGCAGCAGACGAGGACUGGCUCGGGGCAAGCCGGCAGGGUGCCUUUUAAUGAGGUCCUCUACUUCCACACCUCGCUCAGACACCCUGGCGUGGUGGCGGUGGUGGAGGUGGUUUCUGUGGCCCAGAAAGCAGAUGGUUCCCAGAGUGCACUGGGGUGCGGGUUUGGCAUCCUGCGCCUCUUCCCCAGCCAGGCCAGUCCAGGGGAGCCACGCGCUGGCCAAGCAGAUAGAAGAUUGAAUCUUUACCAUGGAAGCCCCAGAGGCCUGUUAUACCAGACUCUGCAGGAACCCAUAGAGCAGAGCGCGCUCAUGACGCCGAUGGAGGGGGCCCACCUGCAGUACUCGCUGAAGCCCCACCCAGCCCUGGAGGCCGCCGCGCACCUCCUCCCGCCCAACGUGCUGGUGUCCGGAGCGGAGAGCGUCCCCGGGAUAGUGCCCUCCUCCGGGGAGACAGCAGACUCGCUGCAGAAGCCUCGCUUGCUGAAGAGCUUCACCUGCUACCUGGACAAGCUGUCCCUCACCCUGUACCCCUCCCUGGAGAAGUUUGAGGAGGAACUGCUGCAGCUCUUGAACGCGGACCACCUAAGCCGGAAGAACUGGCAUCCGGACGGGAACUCGGUGGUGAUUCAGGAGCGGAGGCUGCACGUGGGGGUGCACAACGGCUGGGGGUUCCUGGAGAGGCCGCAGGUGGUGGUGGUGGAGCCGGAGGCGGAGGGGGGCAGGGGCCGGAGCGGCAGCUUCAGACGGGGCUCCCUCAGCAGGCUCAGCUCGCCCGCCCCUCAGGUCCUGGCCCUGCGCAGCCGUCUGCAGCUGAAGGAGAUGGUGAAGCACCCGGCCUUCGCCAUCGUCUUCCUCCUGGAGUACGUCUUCUCCGCUCCCGUCAGUACGGACGCCAAGGUGACUAUGGCGUCCUCCUUCUCCAGGACGGCCUUCAUGCAGUGCCUGCGCUGGGCCGUCUGGUGCCCGUUCCAGGAGCCGGGGAGCUCCGCCGCCGCAGACGUGACUCUGGCCCUGCAGGGCGGCGACGUUCGCGGCCCCAGCGGGGUCAUGGUGUAUGCGGCCCCGCCCCCGGACCGAAGCUCCACCGAGGUGAGGGACCUGGAGAGGGGCACCGUGAAGUUCAGGUUCUCCGCCCGAUCCGAAGGCCGGCCCCCCAGCCCAGCGUUGUCCCUGAAGAACAGGCAGGAGGAGGCGUCUCGACACAAGAAGCCCCCUUCCCCGUCAAGAGGUCUGAGUGAGAGGGCGCCCAGAGUGUCCUCCCCGCCGCAGUCGCCGCCGGGCCCCGGGCUGUCUAUAUCUCAGCUCGCUGCUUCUCCACGUUACCCAACCAUCAGCCACUCCACAUCGUCACCCUGGCAACAGCAGUUUCCCUCUCAGCUCUACCCCUCCCCUCUGGUAUCGGCCUACCAGCUGUCACACAUUGAGCUGCCGUGUGCCAGCAGCAUCGCGCACCUGGAGGUGAGCCUGAGCGCGGCGGGGGAGACGGACCGGCCCCCGCCCGCAGAGCAGCUGCGGGAGCUGCCGUUCGCCCCCGUGCACGCGCCCGUCACCACGCUGGGGACGCAGACGUCGGGAGCUGCUUCCUCGCUGUCCCGGAGCUCGAUGGCCCAGCUCUCCUCCGCUGGCUUCCCAGAGAUCCUGGACCUCAGCGGCCAGGCGGCGGAGGUCCUGGACCCGGCCGAGCCGGUCAACUUCAACCCGCAGAGAGAGGAGGCUGAUCCCCUGCAGUGCAACGAGCUGGUCCUGCAGUUCCUGGCCUUUUCCAGGAUCCCACAGGAAGGCGUGAAUGAUGAUUGGCCGAACUCUGUGCACUUCACCUUCCAGCUUUACCGCUUCCCCCCCGUGACCACCAGUCGGAUGACGCUGCUCAGCGCGGACAAGCCGGAGAGGAAGUCCCGGGACAAGCGCCCCUGCGUCCUGGCGCUCGUCAACAAAGACGGGACUGUGGAUUCCGGGACUCCUGGGCUGCAGCUGAAGUACCUGGUGGACCCCGGCUUUCUGAAACCCGGGGAGCAGCGCUGGUUCCUGCGCUACCUGGCCCUGCACACCCUGCAGAUCGACGUGUGGGACAGCGACUCUCUCCUGCUGGUGGGCUCUGCAGCUGUGGAGCUCAAGCACCUGCUGCGUCAGGGCAGGCCCGCGGUGCAGCUGGCGCAGGAGCUGGAGGUCAUCACCACCGAGUACCUCCAGGACGCCCCGCCGGCGCGCGGCGCCGUGGCGACUGUCAGCGCCUUCACCGCGGUCAGGGGGAGGCUCCACCUGCGCCUGGGUAACAUCGGACGCCUGGCCGAUGUGAACCUGAAGAAGUCCGCGACGCUUCCCCCGGCCCGCUCGCAUGUGAUCGUGGCGCGCGACGGCACCGGCGGCUUUGGCGGCUUCGGCGGCUUCGGCGGCGGCGGCAUUAGCGCCAAGAGCGUGGCGAGCCUGAACGCCAGGAACACGUGCCGCGCCCGGCGGCUGGCGGAGACGGACGGCGAGCUGGCCUCGCUGCUGCACGGCCGGGCGAGGGAGGCGGGCGUGGCCGCGGGGCGCCCCCUGCAGGAGACGGAGGAGACCCGCCGCCGCAAGCUGGAGAGGAUGGCGGCCGCGCGGCGGUACGAGGAGCAGGGCGGCGUCGGCGCUCCGGCCAAGCUCGGCGUCACGAGCCGUCGGGAGGAGCGCGUCCAGCACCUGCGGGACCUGCAGCUGAUCGAGGCGUACCGCGAGCGGAGCAAGGCCGACAACAUCACCAGCAUGCUGGCCCGAGCCAUCACCACCCAGCACACGCUCUACGCCACACUGGGCACCGCCGAGUUCUUCGAGUUCGUCCUGAAGAACCCCUUCAACGUGCCGCAGACCGUCACCGUCGAGAGCGAGGACCCGGAGCUCAGUGUUAUCGUGAACUACGCAGAAUGGAAGCAUUUUAAGAGCCUGACCAGAACCAUGACCCCGCUGGAGGAGGACAUGUUUCACCUCAAAGACGGCACGCUGGCCCCCCAGGUGUACCUGCGCCCCAAAGAGAGCGUUUACGUCCCUCUGAAGUACCAGACCUUCACCUCCGAGCCUGCGACCGUCACGCAGACGCCGGCCAAUAAGAAUUGUGGAAGGAAUGCGAACGUGGCUCAAAAGCAUCAAUCCAACACAGUCCAGCCCAAGACAAUCAAAGUGACCUUCAGGGCGGAGGACGGCAAGCCGCUGGCCAUCUGCCAGGUGGACGUGGAGCCGACGCCCCACGUCAUCGAUCAGACGUUCCGCUUCUACCACCCCGAGCUCACGUUCCUGAAGAAGGCCAUCCGCCUCCCCCCAUGGGACGUCCUGCCAGGGGUGCCGGCCCGGGGAUCCGACACGCCGCCCCACAUUCAAGUGCGCUGCAGUGACCCCAACGUCAUCUGUGACACCAGGAGGGUGGCUCCUGACGAACCUCAGGACGUGUUCCUGAAAGUAGCGGGUGGCCAGAGUCCGCAGAUAAAGAAGUUCUUCAUCAUGGUGUUCAUAGACGAGUGGCUAGCAGCGCCGGCGCAGAUCUGGCAGGUGUACGUCCACUUCCUGCAGCGCGUGGACAUCAGCUGCGUGGCCGGUCAGCUGACCUGGCAGUCGCUGGUGCUGAGAGGCUCGCAGGCCCUCAGGAAAGUGCGCUGUCACUCUUCCCUGCCCGGAGAGAUCCAGAUCGACCCCCCGGGGGCGUUCGCCCUGCCCCCCAACGCCGUGCAGGACCUCCAGAUCGGGGUGCGCCCGCGCAGGGCCGGCUGCCGGUUCGCGUACCUGAACGUGGUGGACGCGGAGUACCGUCAGCUGGUGGCGUCCUGGCUGCUCUGCGUGUCCUGUCGGCAGCCACUUAUAUCCAAAGCAUUUGAAAUCUUUCUUCCUGUGCGAGGUGGAAGGGGAAGCAACAAGAAAAUUACCUACACCAAUCCCUACCCCUCCAGCAGAGUUUUCCUGCUGAGCUCCGACCACCCCGACCUGCUCCAGUUCAAGGAGAACUCAUUCCAGAUCGGGGGAGGGGAGACGUACACCAUCGGACUGCGAUUCGCCCCCAGCCAGUGCGCCGGGGCGGAGGAGAUCCUCGUCUACAUCAACGACCACGAGGACAAGAACGAGGAGACCUUCUGCAUCAAGGUCCAGUACCAGUGACCGGCUCGGGCCCCUGGAACCCCCCGGAACCACCCCCACCAGUAUAAACGGCAGCACCGGGACCCGAAAUCGAUAGGUACCGCGGGGCUGUGUCGCGCCUGACUUCACCGGUCAGCAGGGCACUACUGAAGGGCACGGCAGGACAGAGAGACCACGGUCGCGGUAAAAGACGGUUCCACCUCCUGACUGCCAAACAGGAAAGUGAAAGAGAAACACUAGCUGAUGGCAACCGGCGGAAAUCGCUAGCUGCAGCCGGUGCAGCUUCGUAUUGAUUCGAAAAAAAUCAAGUACGGGUGAAAUUUAAUUUAAAAGCCAAAAAACAACUUGCAAAGCAAGGCGUCGUAAUUCCUUCUGUUCCGUGUUAUCGAUUGAUACCUGACCAGCUAUAGUCUUAGAUGUCUGCAGUGCAACUACUUUCAACAUAUAGCUUUCUGUAAGUAUCUAUAUAAAACAAUACCCGUAGCCUACAUUACAUAUUCAAAGAGGUUUAAAACCAGCUGUGUUAGCAGCUCUGAAGUGAGCUACACUUGCAAUAGUGCUACCAAAUGUGCCUUCACACAUUGUGCCAUUCGAACGUUCAGGGAAAUUAAAUGAGUUGAUGCUUCAACGUAAUAAUCUUUGACAGCUCCUUAAAAAAAAGUUUUCAAAUUGGCUGUAAAUGCUCUGGUGGUAGCAGAGAUUUUUUUUCUUUGAGAGUUUACCUGUGAUGUUCAAAAACCCAGGGAAGCCGUUUGGAGUGGAAAUGUUGGGCGCGUCGGGAAAAAAAAAAAAAGUUUUUUUACUCACCGUCUACUUUUAGCGUCUUAGGCGCUACGCGCGCCACUCGAGCGUAACUGGGCUGUGAAAUCGGUGCUCCCCCACUCAGCCUAAUUUUCGUGGCCCGGCUGUAACCGACGAGAAGCCGCCGUGCCGUCUUUAACCCUUAUCAGCGUUCACGCUUCAGGGUUCUGCAUUUUCACAUCGGGGGGGGGGGAACGCGGACGCAUUAGCGGUUCGAGCGUGGACGUUUUUUAUUAAUGCUAUUUCAGCCCGGGACCCGUCCGGGGGGCGAUUUGAUUAGGUUGUGCGGCCACCUCCUCAGUAGCCCCGCCCGUAAGAGCCUGGCCAGCCCGAAAGGGUGAUCCUUCAAGAGGAGGAGUGCUCCCGGAUAAUCAUUUCAGAGGAGCCCCAACAUUUCUUUGAUUGCAACGAGGAUAAGAGGGAAUCAUAACGCAAUCCUGCAGUUACGUCCGCGGGCACAGCACGUCCUGUAACGUUCGGCGAGCCGCGCCGCCCGGAUUUUUUAACAUUUUUAUUUUUUAUUUUUUUGAUUUCUAAAGACUGUGAGCAGGGGGCAGAAAGAGCAAGCUCGUCCCUUAAGUGUAAUUAGAUGCGCCGUAAUGAGGUAUGAUUUUCCGCGAGGAGACGGUCUCUUCACAUCGCUCUCAUUAACGUCGGCGUGCGCUGAGGAUCCUCGUUCUCCGCACGCCGCCUAUCAGCGUGGAGCCCUGCGAAUUCUGUCAACAACCCCGGGCUUACAUAACACCCAGUUAUACAAGCUCCCUCAUUAGGAUUCACCGUGUGAAAUACAUUUUGGUUUGGGGAAGAGAGCAGUGAAGAUGCAGGGAGAAAACGCACAGUGUACAGACACAUCAGCCAUUUUGCCAAGUUUUAA